AUGGCGUCUGGCUAUGAGGAGGCAAGUACUCAGUCAAAACAGCGUGUCACAACGAUUGUGCUAGCUGUUUUGGCUAUUGUCUUCUUAUUUCUUCGCCUACUUGCUCGGCGAGUGAAAAAGAUCCAUCUGGGGCCUGACGAUAUGACCCUGAUUGUAGGACUCGUUCUAGUAUUGGUUGUUGCAGGGGUUAAUCUUGCUUGCGUUGAAUAUGGCAUGGGCCGACACACUAGCACCAUCCCUGCCAACAGACAGGAAGCAUUCUUCAAGCUUGUCUAUGCCUUCGAGCCUCUCUACAUUACUACGGCCGGCAUCAUCAAAAUUUCAGUACUUUUGAUGUACCACCGAAUCUUCCCCGUCCGAUAUGUGAGAAUUGGCGGAUUAAUUCUCGCCGCCAUCACUCUUGCUUGGGUUAUCUCAAUCGAUCUCUUGGCUAUCUUCCAAUGCACCCCGAUCGCCAAGGCCUAUAACCCCACACUACCAGGCCAUUGCAUUAGCCUUAAAGGGGCACUCAUCGGCAAUGGCGUACCAAAUUUUGUGGUGGACAUAUUUAUUCUAGCCCUGCCCUCGAAGCUCAUUUGGGGUCUACAAGCAAGAAUAUGGCAACGUGUAUCGGUCAUUGCAGUGUUUUUGACCGGAAGCUUCGUCGUUUUUGCUAGCAUCUAUCGCUUUACGCUGAUCUUCUCUUUCGACAUAACAGAUGUUGCCUGGACGCUUGCUGACGCACAAACGUGGUGUGUUGUCGAGCUCGCAGCCGGAGUCAUUUCAGCCUGUCUACCCACAACCGCUCCACUAGUCAAGAUCUGUACUAGAGGCCUUGUCUCCACCGCUAAAUCGCUAACCAAGUCCAACUUGACUCAAUCGGAGGGCAAAGGGCUUUCGCGAACCGAUGCAACCACGCGUUCCGUGAACGGUGGAAGCAAUAUCACUGUUCAAAUAGACCAUGCUCGUGCUCAUCGUGCUAGUAAUGCAAGCUUUGCCUUGGAGGAUAUGAGCCCUCGAGGAAGUUCGCAUUUGAAAGGCAAAGGAUGGACGAUGAUAAGUGCUGAUCGCGAUAGUGAUUCAGCUUGA